AUCCGCAUCCAUUUUGAGCUCUCUGCUCUACAUAUACUUGAUCUGGAAUGACAAGAAGCGGUGAUCAAUGAGUUCUCCUAUUUUGUCUUUGCUCUGCGGACCCUGUGAUCCAUGCGUGUCUUGUGCGUACAACAAAUGGAAAGCUCCACCUCGGUGUCUAAAAUGGCAGCGGGGGUUGCGGUGCAGAUGCAGCUCCUUCCGGCAGAGAUGCAGCAAAAGACCCUCCUACUCCUCAUAUGUCGUCAUCGGGUCUCAACCAGUCAAAUUAUAGGCGAGAAAAUAUAUGAGAGAAAACAAGCCCAAACAGCCAGCCAGCGAGCGCGGCCGGUGCGAGCCGGCUCACGCUUCUUGAGGGGUUCAGAUUUAUACAUUGUUGUCUUUUUUUUUUCUUCAUUAACCCGGUGGGUAAGUAAAGGAGAUGAGGGGACUCCUGCCGUUUUACCGGGGUUUGUACACCCUGAGUAACCGCCAAGCCAGUCGUAAAGCUGGGAUUGUCGGUUCUCGGUGCGGGCUUUGCGGAACUCAGUCUAAUAGCAAGCCACAGCCAAGGUUUGGGCUGUUGUUCGACAUUGAUGGCGUGCUUGUCAGAGGGAGAAUGCCAAUCCCUGCGGCAACAAAAGCAUUUGAGAAGUUGGUCGACUCUCAGGGACAGUUUGUGGUGCCAGUCGUUUUUGUCACAAAUGCAGGGAAUUGCCUCAGACAAACAAAAGCGGACCAGCUCUCUCACAUCCUGGGAGUGCCUAUCACACAAGACCAAGUUAUCAUGUCCCAUAGUCCCCUGAGGAUGUUUAAGAAGUUCCAUGACAAAUGUGUCUUGGUGUCAGGACAAGGACCUGUCCUGGAAAUUGCUAAAAAUGUGGGCUUUAAGAAUGUAAUCAGUAUUGAUAUGCUAAGAGAAUCGUACCCAUUGUUGGACAUGGUGGAUCACAACAGGAGACCAAAAUUGCCGUCCAAUCCCGUUGUCAGCCUUCCUAAAAUUGAAGCUGUGGUUUUGUUCGGUGAGCCGAUCCGAUGGGAAACCAACCUGCAGCUGAUAGUUGACAUUCUGUUGACCAAUGGUAACCUCAGUUGUAGUCACCAAACCCAAAACACUCCUCACCUUCCCCUGCUGGCCUGCAACAUGGACCUCAUGUGGAUGGCUGAGGCACAUUCUCCUCGGUUUGGCCAUGGAACAUUUCUUGUGUGCCUAGAGAACAUCUACAAGAAGAUAACCGGCAAAGAUCUGAAGUAUGAGGCUCUUAUGGGAAAACCCAGUGAGCUGACUUACCAUUUUGCAGAGUACCUCAUCAGAAGCCAGGCCAUGCAGAGGCAGUGGGAACUUCCCAUUACUUCCCUAUAUGCUAUAGGGGAUAACCUCAUGACUGACAUCUAUGGAGCCAAUCUGUACAACCGUUACCUGGAGGAGAGAGUUGCAAGAAAAAACCCCAAAGCUGUUGCUAAGAUGGUGGCUGCCACUGGGUCCACCACGGCGGUGAACAGGGAGGAAGAGAUUGACAGCCUGUGGGAAAGCGAGCUCGCUCUGCCCUCUGCUACAUCCUGUAAGUCUGUCCUAGUCUGUACAGGGGUGUAUAACCCCAACGCAGAGGUGCCGUCUGAUGCAAAUCACUGCAUCAAGGAGACUGUGUUCCACGGGCACCGGGACUUCAUAUUUGACCCUGGUCUCGUGGAGCCAGGCCAUAUCGUGCAGGAUGUGGCAGAAGCUGUUGAUCUCAUCUUUGAGCAAGAAAAGUUUGUGCCUCAGUAGUAUUUCGAGCCAACAGGCUUCGUGUGGUCAUGGAGAUCCAAGUAGGGGGAAAGGGAGGGAAAGCGAGCAUUAAACUGGUAGUACCACUUCAUGUUCAGACCUCUAGAAGCCUAACACUGUGGACUUUGUUUAAAAACCUGACAGGGCAUUGACAUAAUAUAGGUCAUCUAAAAUUUUAACAAUAAAGGAGAUUUCAGAGGGAAAAAAAAAUUACAUAACGGUUGUUUUUUUUGAUAGUCAUUACCUUUUUUUUUUUUUUUUCUUUUUUUUCCAAUAAGGAAAUGUGUAAGAACUGCCUUAUUUGACCUUAUUAAGUAUCUUUGUUAGAUAAAACUACUGUUCUAGAUUGUUACAAACCCUGAAGCCAUCCUAUAUUUAUUUACAAGCUAAUGACAGUGUUUUUAAGAAGCAUAUUAACAUUUAAUCUUUAUUCUUACGGUGACCUUUUGUUAUUGCAUUUUUAGCCAUUUGUUUACCCAUUUGUCAUGGUAAAUCUAUGCAUGAAUAUGAGAGUAAUUCUUGUAUCUUUAAAACAACUGUUUGAUGUGCAAUUUUUUCCUCUAAUAGCACUGUCUUUACGGUUUUAGUUUCGACAGCCUUGACCAGUUUUUGCACAGAUCAGCCUUUGUGUUACAAUAUCAUCCUUCCAUAACAUGGUUGUUAUAAUUUAGAAGGUCAUUCUUAGUAUAACUGACAGACCACUUGUAAGACAAAUUUAUACGUGUAUACUGUAUGUAAGUACUGCUCAAAAAACUAGGAGAACAGUUUUUAACUUUGCUUUUCGGUGUAAUUUUCAAUCUAGCACACGAGGGGGUUGAUGAUUUCGGUUU